AUGACCGGAGCUUCCAUCACCAACGGUGUCGCUAAGAGGAGCGACACCUUCCUCUUCACCUCCGAAUCUGUCGGUGAGGGACAUCCUGACAAGAUCGCUGACCAAGUCUCCGAUGCAAUCCUCGAUGCCUGCCUCAAGGAGGACCCUCUCUCCAAGGUUGCCUGUGAGACUGCUACCAAGACUGGCAUGAUCAUGGUCUUCGGUGAGAUCACUACCAAAGCCCGCCUCGACUACCAGAAGAUUAUCCGCCAAACCAUCAAGGAUAUUGGAUAUGAUCACUCCGACAAGGGUUUCGACUACAAGACCUGCAACGUCCUCGUGGCCAUUGAGGAACAAUCCCCAGACAUUGCCCAGGGUCUACAUUAUGAGGAGGCUCUCGAGAAACUUGGUGCCGGUGACCAGGGUAUCAUGUUCGGCUAUGCUACCGAUGAGACCCCCGAACUCCUCCCCCUUAGCAUCCAGCUCGCACACAAGCUCAACCUUGCUUUGAAAGAGGGCCGUAACAACGGUACCCUUCCCUGGUCGCGACCUGACACAAAGACGCAAGUCACCGUCGAGUAUGCUCACGAUGGUGGCGCUGUUGUUCCUCUUAGAGUCGACACUGUGGUUGUUUCCGCUCAACAUUCUGAAGAUAUCACUACCGAACAACUACGAAAGGAGGUCAUGGAGAAGGUCAUCAAGAAGGUCAUCCCCGCCAAGUAUCUCGAUGACCGAACUGUCUACCACAUUCAACCCUCUGGACUUUUCAUCAUCGGUGGUCCCCAGGGUGAUGCUGGUCUAACCGGCCGUAAGAUCAUCGUUGACACCUACGGUGGUUGGGGUGCACACGGUGGUGGUGCUUUCUCUGGCAAGGACUACAGCAAAGUUGAUCGAUCUGCUGCCUACCUUGCUCGAUGGAUUGCCAAAUCCUUAGUCAAGGCCAAACUCGCUCGUCGUGCUCUUGUUCAACUGUCAUAUGCUAUUGGUGUUGCUGAGCCUUUAUCUCUCUUCGUUGAGACCUAUGGAACCAGCGAUAAGACUAGCGCUGAGCUCGUUGAGAUCAUUCACAAGAACUUCGACCUCCGACCUGGUGUCAUCGUCAAGGAACUCAACCUUACCAACCCCAUCUAUUGCCGAACCGCCAAGAAUGGUCACUUCUCUGACCAGACCUUCCCUUGGGAACAACCCAAAGACUUGACCUUUUAA